AAGGCCCUGGCAUCUCCCGCUGGCACUGCCAACACCUGGCCUGCUGGUACUUGGCUGUGGAAGGAGCCACCGAGCUGGUGCCCACCUCUGGGGACUCAGGGUCUCUCCAUUGGGUUGUCUGAAUUUAUGACUCAAGGAGGGACCACAUUGGCGGGCCAAGGAGAAGUGCUUGGAUUCUCUGGUCUCCCUGGCCAGCUGUCAUAGCUCUCAGGCUUACUCUUCCUGUCAGUGGUGUGAUGUUUCAGGGGCUUCUCCUGAAGCCCCUUGGGAGGCUGCCUCUUGCCCCAGGACCCCCACCCACUGCCUGCCUGUGCCAGCCACCUGGAGGAAGCCCUCCACUCCGUUGACUGAGGAGGCAGCAGAUGUCAUAGAACUGCCAUUUAGGACACAAGCUCUCCCUAAGCCUGCUCUGUGCCCAGCUCUGCUGAGCUUUGAGGACCUAGAUGGACCAGGGAGAUGACUGCCUGGGAAGCCGUCAGGCGAGGGGAGAGAAAGACACACACACAGAAACGUGGACAGCAGUCACAAGACCGCUAGCAGAUGAAGCAGGAUCUCGGCAUCUGGUGAGAGGUAGGCAGGGACCAGCACAGGCGGCCACACUUCCUCUGAGCCGGCACUUUGCGUGUAUGGCCACAUGCUCAUUCCAGUGAGACGGCGGUUGCUCAAGCCAUAUUUGUCACUUGGUAUGUGGCUUUGGACAAGUUACUUAAUUUUUCUGAGCGCCGAUUUCCUCACUGUUGAAAUGGCGAUGAGAACGCAAAGGAUGUGGCGUCUGAGGUGGCCAGAGCUUAGGGCUGCUUGGGCCACAGUGGGCACAGAGCCGGGUGCCAGGAGGCCUUUAGGAAAUAUUUCCUGGCCAAGUGCAUUUCCAAACGGGAUUCCUUAUCCUGCUUCCAUGUUCUCUCCCAGAGGUGGUGCUGAAUGACCUGAGGCUGUUCCAGAAUGAAGGUACACACACACAGCCCCGCUAUUGGCCUCCUGCUAGGCAAGCCAACGAAAGGAGCCCCCAGCAGGAAGCAAAGCUUUAAAUGAACAUGUGACCUCUCCGGGGCCCCCUGGGACCUGCCACCCACACUCACGUGGUUGGGGCCAUUCAGGGGUGUGGGUCCCAUGUGGACUGGAUGCCCAGCGUGAGUGUAUACUGCGAGGGCCUUUGUGCUCUCAGGCAGCGUGGAGUGGUCAAGGAAGGCCUCCAGGAGGAAGAGGUGGCCCACCGCCCCAGGCAGCACAGUGGUGAGGGGGCCCUGGAGGGGCUGGCCUGGGAAUGAGCCUGGGGAAGAUGGAGGCCAGAACACACAGGUCCCUGAGUGUUGGGCUGAGGAGCCUGGGCUGCACCCCAGGAAGGGGAGAGACAGCUGCCUCUGGACGGAGGGACGGGAAGUGGCCAGAAGGGGAAGUGUGAGGAGUUCCCGUCCAGCCUGUCAUCAGUCUCCCCAGGUCUUGAAGCGGCGGCCCUGCUCCUGGCCGUGACCAUGGACCCUCUGGAGACCCCUAUCAAGGAUGGCAUCCUCUACCAGCAGCAUGUCAAGUUUGGCAAGAAGUGCUGGCGGAAGGUGUGGGCUCUGCUGUAUGCAGGAGGUCCAUCAGGCGUGGCACGGCUGGAGAGCUGGGAGGUCCGGGAUGGUGGCCUGGGAGCAGCGGGUGACAGGUCGGCAGGGCCUGGCCGGCGAGGGGAGCGACGGGUCAUCCGCCUGGCUGACUGUGUAUCUGUGCUGCCGGCCGACGGCGAGAGCUGCCCCCGGGACACCGGUGCCUUCCUGCUCACCACCACUGAGCGAAGCCACCUACUGGCUGCGCAGCACCGCCAGGCCUGGAUGGGCCCCAUCUGCCAGCUGGCCUUCCCGGGGACAGGGGAGGCCUCCUCAGGAUCCACAGAUGCCCAGUCUCCCAAGAGGGGCCUGGUCCCCAUGGAGGAAAACUCCAUCUACUCCUCCUGGCAGGAAGCUGCCACAGUGGGCGAGUUUCCCGUGGUGGUGCAGAGGACUGAGGCCACCACCCGCUGCCAGCUGAAGGGGCCCGCCCUGCUGGUGCUGGGCCCAGAUGCCAUCCAGCUGAGGGAGGCCAAGGGCACCCAGGUCCUCUACAGCUGGCCCUAUCACUUCCUGCGCAAGUUCGGCUCCGACAAGGGCGUGUUCUCCUUUGAGGCCGGCCGUCGCUGCAACUCGGGUGAGGGCCUCUUUGCCUUCAGCACCCCCUGUGCCCCUGACCUGUGCAGGGCUGUGGCCGGGGCCAUCGCCCGCCAGCAGGAGCGGCUGCCAGAGCUCACCAGGCCCCAGCCCUGCCCCCUGCCACGGGCCACCUCUCUGCCCUCCCUGGACACCCCUGGAGAGCUGCAGGAGAUGCCACCAGGACCUGAGCCACCCACCUCCAGGAGGAUGCGCCCGGCCGAGCCCGGACCCCAGAGCCUGCCGCUACUGCUAGGCCUGGAGCCCAACGAUCCAGCGUCUGGGCUCUACGCCUCAGUGUGCAAGCGCGCCAGUGGGCCCCCAGGCACUGAGCACCUCUAUGAGAACCUGUGUGUGCUGGAGGCCAGCCCCAUGCUGCACGGCGGGGAACCUGAGCCGCACAAGGGCCCCAGCAGCCACAGCCCCACAACCAGUCCCAUCUACCACAACGGCCAGGACUUGAGCUGGCCCGGCCCGGCCCACGACAGCACCCUGGAGGCCCAGUACCGGCGGCUACUGGAGCUGGAUCAGGCGGAGGGCACAGGCCGCCCUGACCCUCAGGCAGGUUUCAAGGCCAAGCUGGUGACCCUGCUGAGUCGUGAGCGGAGGAAGGGCCCUGCACCUUGUGAUCGGCCCUGAACACCCAGCAGAGGUGGCCAGAGGGGAGGGUGCUCCCCCUGGGACAGGUGGGUGGGCUGGUGGGCAAACAGUGGGCCCAUGUGGACACACACCUGUGUCCACCCUGGCCUGCAGGAACAAGGCAGGCCGCCUAUGGAGGACCUCAGCCCUGCCCUGCCCUCCUCAUGAACAGUGUGCAGACUCGCAGAUAAUAAAGCUCAGAGCAGCUCCCAGCAGGGGCACUCACGGCACACACCCCUGCCCACAUUCAUUGCGGCCAACACCAGCACCCUGUGCUGGUUCCAGGGGCACAGGUGACCUGGGCCUGACCUGUCACCCGUGGGCUCAAAUCCAUUGCAGCAGACAGACGGGAUGGAGAUCAUUAGGACUCCAUGUUGCCCUGCACGACCGGAGUGACACGAAGAGGCAGGCGGAGGGAGCCGUGAGGCUUACCUGUCAGACUCAGGAAGGAGCAACAUGACACCCGGAGGCCCUAGCUGGGAGGAGGCAGUGGGGGCGGGGGGCGGGUGGAAGGGACUUCAGAGACACCCUCGCCCAAAACACUCGUCCCCUGCUGAAACUCCAACAAUUUGCAGAUACUUCUGGGAACCCCAGGCCUCAGUCUCCUCAUCUGUAAAGGAGAGAGAACAGAUGAUGUAUCAGGCAUAAUCCUUAAUGAGAGUUUUGCUGCGUGCCUACUUAGUGCCAGGCGCUGGGGGACACGGCCGUGUUCAGGACAGCCUUGGUCCUGUUCUCCGGGAGCCGACAUUUCAGUGGGGAGAGAAGUUUCCUGAAGACUUCCAUGCUGUGUUCCCUCCUCUGCUCCUGCUCCUGUCGCCAUCCUAAGCGUCAGCCACGCCCGCAAGCAUCCUGCCUCCAGGCCUCUGGCUGCUCAGCCCCUCACUACAACUCCACCUCAGCUGCCCACACGCUUGGCCCAUCCUGAACCUCAUUUUCAUGACGGACGCACAAUUUUUGCGCUCUCCUGUCGAAGCCUCAUCCUCUGGCCACCUCAUCCUUCCAGCUCACUUCCUUUAGCACGGCCAGUACCACCCCUGCCUAGCCAUGUCGACCUGCAGGGACCCUUUUCUGGCUCUUCGAGGCCUCUGCCCACCGUUCCCUCUUUGCUCUCCAUAGUCCCUUCCCCCGUUCUCUCUCGUUUCAUCUUAUUAGUCUGGCAAAGUCCCUGGCCUUGGGUGAGCCCAGACCUCGUCUGUGCCUGCACACAGUUGCCCACAGCCAGAGAAAUCCAUUUAAGCAGACUGCCUGCAUCCUUCUUAACAGUGCAAGGCAGGCACUCCCUGCCACCAGAGACCCUGUUCCCUGAGGGGCAGCUUUUCUCCUCCCCAGAACCUCCUGUCUAUCCCCACCCAGUGUCUCCUCAGGCAUAUUGGGGCAACAGGUCAGGCUGUCCCACCACAUCUGCAAGUGUACUGGCAUCCAUCUGUCUUCUUCCUACCCAUACAGGAGUAACUGUCUGUCCCCAGCUAUGCUCUGAUCCCGGCUCCUCUCACCUCAGAGCUUGGAAAAUUGAGCUGUCCCCGCUCUCUCCUGGACCCAUUCAUCCUACCAGCAGCUUUUCCAGCCACACGAAAACAUGCUCUGUAAUUUCACAUCUUAAACCUUCCCUUGACCUCACAUUCCCCUUCGGCCACCUCCCUGUUUCUCUGUUCCUCUUCACAGCAAAAACUAUUCAAAAGAGUUGUUGAUUACUUUCAUUUCCACUUUCUCACCCCCAUUCUCCCCUCAAUUAACUCUCCUUCAACCCCAUGAUGCCAUUAUGUGGCUUUUAUUAGAGUCACCAACCUUAUUCUCCAAAACAAAAGCAACAAGGACUUUGACUUCUCAGCAGCACUCAACUCUGGUUCUUGAAACACCCCCGUUAACUUGCUAUUCCUCCUACCUCAUAACAAUCUCCUUCCCAGCCUCUACUGCUGCCUUCUCUGAGUUCUUCCCAGGGUCCUAGGCUCAGAUAUAGUGUAGCUCAACCCUGCUACACAAAGAAUCUCCUGAAAGCCUGUAAAAAUGUCCAUGCAUGUUCUGUGAGUGACCUACCAAGAGAAUAAAAAAUUUUUAAAAUCAAA